AUGCCGUCCGACAGCUGCGUGAGAUAUGCUGCGAUAUACCGGCAUCUGCAUGUGUCCGGAUGGGCCCGACGCGCCGGAAAUGACCCGACAAGCAUCAUUUGGCGACCAAUGGGGGCGGGGGAACCUUCACCACCAGGAACAUCGAGACUCCACUGGGGUUACACUCAACUUCAGAUCCUGACGAUUAAAUGGCCGGAGAAGGGCCAGACUAGCCCGGAUGAGGUUAGAGGCGUCGCCAGCUGCCCCUUACUGCGCUCACUCACUCAACUUCACUCCAACUUUGACUUCUUCCAUCUCUUCUCUCGUUUGGCUGCGCGCAACAUGGCUGAUGACGCGACUUAA